AUGAGCGUCUCAAGUCAAACUUCAAUCCCACUAUCCAAGGGAGACCCUGAAAAGGUACCCGUGGCCACCGAAGCCAUCCCAGCCAAAUCCCAAGAUGAUAUCGAGUUCCCCGAAGGAGGUCUGCAGGCAUGGCUUGUGGCGAUAGGGAAUGCCUGCAUCUUGUUCUGCACCUCAGGCUACUCCAACACCUUUGGCGUCUUCCAAGCAUACUACACCCUGCACCAGUUCUCCGACAAGUCUGCGGAUGCCGUCUCCUGGAUCGGAUCUACGCAGGUGUUUCUGGGCUUGUUCGCGGCGAUACUCGGAGGUCCGCUGUUUGACCGAUAUGGUGCCUGGGUCAUCCGUCCCACGGCGGUGGUCUACCUCUUCGCAAUCAUGAUGACGUCCCUCUGCACCCAGUACUGGCAAUUCAUGCUCGCUCAGGGUAUCCUCCACGGCACAGCCUCCGGCAUCCUCAUGUUCUCCGCCAUGGCCUCAACCCCCCAAUACUUCCGCAAACGCCGCGGCGUCGCCAUGGGCCUCGCCAUGACGGGCUCCUCCAUCGGCGCCAUCAUCUACCCCAUCGUCCUCUCCAAACUCCUUAACGACUCCUCCCUCGGCUUCGGCUGGUCCGUCCGCAUCACGGGCUUCAUCAUGGUCCCCGCGCUGCUCUUCGCCUCCGCUACCGUGAAAGCGCGCCUGCCCCCGCGCCGCACCAGCUUCCUACUCCCAGCGGCCUUCACGGACAAACUCUACGUCACGCUCGUCGCGUCCAUGUUCUUCCUCUUCAUCGGCAUGUUCGUGCCGCUCUUCUACCUGCCGACGUACGGCAUCCUGCACGGCAUGACGGAGACGCUGGCGUCGUACCUCAUCGCGAUGAUCAACGGCGCCUCCGUCUUCGGGCGCGUCAUCCCCGGGAUCAUGGGCGACAAGGUCGGCCAACUCAACGCGCUGCUCUUCGCGGGCGCGUCGACGGGGGUGAUGAUCUUCUGCUGGCCCGCGGCGACGACGCAGAGCGGGAUCAUCGGGUUUGCUGUGGUUUUUGGAUUUUGUUCCGGGGCGAUUAUAUCGGGCGGCGCCGUGGCGAUGACGCUUUGCCCGAAGGAUGUGAGGGAUAUGGGCACGUAUAUCGGGAUGGGCACGGGGCUGGCAUCUUUUGCGGCGCUGAUGGGGCCGCCGGUGAACGGGGCACUGUUGGAUCGGUACGGGGGGUUUGAGCAGGUGUCGAUUUUCAGCGGUGUCAUGUGUAUGACCGGCGCUCUGUUGGUGUUGCUUGCGAAGGCUUUUACUUCUCAGGGAAUGCUUGGAAAGGUCUAA